CGAAAUCAAAUCAAAUUACAUAACGCCUUUCAUAUAUUGUUUUUCUUUAUAAUAAACUAAUCAAUACUUCUGCCUAUAAAUUAAAAUUCUCCAUGCACCCAUCAUUGCAAAACUAAAAGACAUGGAUUCUACAACUACAGCCUAUCUUCUCAAAUUUUCUAUCAUCUUUCUUCUAUUCAUAUCAUCCUCAUCAUCACCACCACCGUCUUCGACCCUGUCGUCAUCCACCUUCACGGCGGCGGCCACCAAAUCUCCGAACAGUAUCUACAAAAAGUACCUGAAAACAGCCUGCAAUUCUACCACAUACCCAAAAAUCUGCUACAGCUCCCUUUCCUCUUACAUUUCCAUAAUCAAAACCAGUGACCUAAACCUCUGCAGCACUGCAUUAAACGUAUCAUUAACAGUUGCAUACAACGCAUCUUCUUUAGUAACUCUUCUGUCGAAUCGGACGGGACUGAGCAAGGCCGAAGCUGCAGUAAUUAAAGAUUGCGUAGAACAAAUCGGAGAUACCAUCGAUGAACUUAAACAAUCAUUUGAUGCUUUUGGGAGUCUAUAUUUGAAUAAUUCUGAUAUAAGAUUUCAGAUAUCGAAUAUUCAAACUUGGGUCAGUGCUGCUCUGACUAAUGAAGAUACAUGUAGUGACGGUGUUGAUGAAACUAAGGUGAGUUCGUCGGUUAAGAAUAUGUUGAAGAAGAGCAUGUUGAAUGUUGCAAGAAUCACUAGCAAUGCUUUGGCUCUUAUUAAUAAACUUUCUUUGUAGUUCUCUGAAUUUGUAUUUUAAUCUCCUUAAACGAGUUUCGAGUUUGGAUUGGAUUGAAUUGGUUGUGUAAUUAUAGAAGUUGUCAUGUAUGGAUAUGGUGUAUUUGGUUGAAAUGAAUUUUAUCAAGUUUUAUGAAA